AGGCCGCGGCGCGCGCGGAGGGCCGGGCGGGACGGAGGCCGGGAGGCCGGGGCGGCGGGUACGCAGCUCGGCGGGAGGCGGGCGCCCGGAGACGCGGCUGGGGCCCGCGCGGCCGGGGCACUGUCCCUGGACAGGGCUGCCCGGCCCCGGCCCCGGGCCACCCGCACUCCCCAUGAAAAACCAGCUCCGCGGCCCCCCAGCGCGGGCGCACAUGUCGGCCUCGGGGACGUCGGCGGCUGGGGACACCGGGGCGGGGUCCGAGCCCGGUGCGGGGUCUGGCGCGGGCACCGGGACAGGCACAACGACGGGUGCGGGAGCCAUGCCGUGCAAGAGCGCCGAGUGGCUGCAGGAGGAGCUGGAGGUGCGGGGCGGCGCGUCCCUGCUGCUGCUUGACUGCCGGCCGCACGAGCUCUUCGAGUCGUCGCACAUCGAGACGGCCAUCAACCUGGCCAUCCCGGGCCUCAUGCUGCGCCGCCUGCGCAAGGGCAACCUGCCCAUCCGCUCCAUCAUCCCUAACCACGCCGACAAGGAGCGCUUCGCCACGCGCUGCAAGGCGGCCACCGUGCUGCUCUACGACGAGGCCACGGCCGAGUGGCAACCAGAGCCUGGCGCUCCCGCCUCAGUGCUUGGCCUGCUCCUGCAAAAGCUGCGCGACGACGGCUGCCAGGCCUACUACCUCCAAGGUGGUUUCAACAAGUUCCAGACAGAGUACUCAGAGCACUGCGAGACCAACGUGGACAGCUCGUCCUCGCCAAGCAGCUCACCGCCCACUUCCGUGCUGGGCCUGGGGGGCCUGCGCAUCAGCUCGGACUGCUCAGAUGGCGAGUCCGACCGAGAGCUACCCAGCAGUGCCACUGAGUCUGACGGCAGCCCAGUGCCGUCCAGCCAGCCAGCCUUCCCUGUCCAGAUCCUGCCCUACCUCUACCUCGGCUGCGCCAAGGACUCCACCAACCUGGACGUGCUUGGCAAGUACGGCAUCAAGUACAUCCUCAAUGUCACACCCAACCUGCCCAACGCCUUUGAGCACGGCGGCGAGUUCACCUACAAGCAGAUCCCCAUCUCUGACCACUGGAGCCAGAACCUCUCCCAGUUCUUCCCUGAGGCCAUUAGCUUCAUCGACGAGGCGCGCUCCAAGAAGUGCGGUGUCCUGGUGCACUGCCUGGCAGGCAUCAGCCGCUCGGUGACCGUCACGGUGGCCUACCUGAUGCAGAAGAUGAACCUGUCACUCAAUGAUGCCUACGACUUUGUCAAGAGGAAAAAGUCCAACAUCUCACCCAAUUUCAACUUCAUGGGGCAACUGCUGGACUUCGAGCGGACGCUGGGGCUGAGCAGCCCGUGUGACAACCACACCCCCAGUGAGCAGCUCUACUUCUCCACACCCACCAACCACAACCUGUUCCCACUCAACACCCUGGAGUCCACGUGAGGCCAGGGGCACGGGUGGGCAGGGGGCCGGGCCCUCGCAGGAGGCCUGAGGAACCCGGACAUCGCCUGUGCCCAGGGGCCCAGGCUGACAGGCGGCUGGGCCGCCCCACCGUCCCAGGGCGGGCAGGCAGAGCCCACAGCCGGCCGCCCUGUGCGGGGCUCCGGAACGGCUCAUCCCACCCCCGGGACUCUCCUUCCUGCUGAUGCCCGGCCAGUCUGGCGGUUUUUUAAAGACCUCCACGGACCCGAGUUCACUUUUCCUUUUGGCAGGUGAACCCAAGCCUCCUGGAGCACAGACAGUGGUCACAGACAGUGGGCCUCUCAAUCUUUUUUUUUUUUAAUGAAAAGUGUUAUUUUCAGGUGACAUGCAACAGUGAAUUGUAUAAACCAGUAUUUCAUCCCUUUCUUGAUCCUGAGAGAGAGAGAAGUGUUCUCAGUUCUGUUUUUCAAAAAGCAAUUACUGUUGGGUUUUUUUUUGUUUGUUUGUUUCCUUUUUUUAAUGGGAAAGACAAACCCGGUGUUGAUCUUGACCAAAUGCGUUUUGCACAUGUGUGAAGCCUCUGUGUCUGCAGCAGGCCCUUCUCGGAGGGGUGGCCUGCACCAUCUCCUCGUGGGACCUCUGUCGUGCCCAGUCUCCUGGCCCGGCACCGAUGUGACCUGCAGUGGCCUGUGGUGACAUCUGCAGGUUCUGCCAGGCAGGCCGGACGAGUGGUCUUUGCAUUCUCCGCCCUGCCCAGCCCCUCCAGUGGUCCCUGCAGACUCCCCGCGGAGGAGUCGGGAGGCCCUGCAGCUGUCCUGCUGGCGCAGGGCCGCAGGGGGCUGUCAAGCAGCAGCGUUGGCCUUCUGGGCUCGGCCCUUCGGGGGCCCUUCUCUAUACAAACCCACUACUUCUGUCUCUUUCUCUGUUUGUUUGUGACUGAGAGUGGAGACGCAGUGUCGGGGGAAGCUCCAGGGGUGGGGGUCCAGCCCUGACCCCCAAGUUUCUCUCCCUCGCCCUGGCUGUUUCUUUGGUUCUGCUGCCACUCCUGGCCCCCUCACCCAGUGGAAGCCUGCCCAGCCGUCCCGUCACCCAUGCCUUCUGCCACCAGGACCUUCAUCCCCAUGCAAGCCCGGGGCAGGCUCAGAGGGCGAAAAUGGACCUGCAAGAGGGUGUGAGGCUCUGUCCCCCGCAGCCUGCCGCCAACACCUACAGAACAAAGCCACGGACUCCGUUACCCUCCUCCAGUUGCGUUCCUUCUCCAGCCGCAGCUCUACCAGGCGUCAGGCCUGCGGGGCGGGCGCGGCCGGCCGGGCCCCUGCGCGAGCCGGCGCUCAGCACCGCUGCAUCUUACCUCACGGGGUUGUUUUCAGGGAUUCUUCCAGGCAGCGGGUCCACACCUUGCCACACUCGAGAAACCGACAAAAGCGUCCGUGCUGUACAUGGUUCUCUUUCUCUCUCUUUUUUACUUUCAAAAAAAAAAAAAAAACCCAGAAAGAUGCAUCCGCUUUGUGUAAAUGAGAGUAUGCCAAGAGGGCGGCCAGUUUUGCUUUAUGAUGUGUUAUGAAGGAAAAUUUGUGACCCUGCUUAUGUAUACACACACACAUAUAUAUAUAUAUAUAUCCCGGACCAGCAACGGGACUUUGUUUAUAUUGCAAAUAAAUAUUAUUUUUUCUUUAAA